AUGGAUCCCAACAUGUUCGGCAACAACUUUGCCGGCAUGUUCGGCCAGCAGCAACCGCAGCCUAAUGCAGGUGGCGGUGGCAGCGGCAUGGACACCAACAACAUGGGCGGCAUCAACCCUGCCAUGUUCGGUGGCAUCGACCUCAGCACCUUGCAGAACAACCCACAGCUGGCUGCCGCGCUACUUCAACAGCAACAACAGGCUCAACAACAGCAGCAACAGCAACAGCAACAGCAACCAUCGCAACCCAGCACACCACAGCAGGCGCGCUUCAACCCGGGCAUGUUCAACCCGGCCAUGAUGGGACUCGACCAGAACAAUCCUGGCGGCGCAGCCUUCAACAUGCAGGCUCUUCAGCGUGCAGCUGCAGCUGGCGGCGGCAACAAUCCUUUGGCUUCCUUCAACCCGCAGAUGCUAUUGCAACAGCAACAACAGCUCCAGCAACAGCAGCAGCAGCAACAGCGUCAAGGCACACCACAGCAGCAACAGAGCGGCCAAGCGUCACGGUGGCCUCCACAGCAACAACAGCAGCAGCAGCCGCAGCAGCAACAGCAGAUGCAACAGAACUUGCUCGCUCAGCUGCAGAACGGCGGAGGUGGUAUGUUCAACAACUUUGGCCAGAUGGGACAACAGCAGCAGCAACCUCCGCAACAGCAGCAGCAGCAACCUCAGCAGCAGCAGUUCGGAAAUGGUCAGUUCAACCCCGCCGCUUUGAUGAAUCCACAGAUGAUGGCCAUGUUCCAGCAGAACCCUAUGCAGGCUAUGCAAGCGAUGCAGGCGCUCGGUCAGCUCAACCCGGGAGCCUUCCCUCCCGGCGCUUUCAAUCAGCUCAUGAUGCAACAGCAACAACAACAACAGCAACAGAAUCAGGCCGGCGGCUCGACACAACAGGGCCAAUUCCCUGGUAUGUUUCAGCAGGGUCAAAAUGGAAACAUGGGCGGCAUGAUGGAUCCCGCUGCGUUGAUGGGGGGCAUGUCGAAUCAGCAACAGCAGCAGCAGCAGCAGCAGCAGCAGCAGCAGCCCAAUAUGUUCCCCGGGGGCACUCCUGCUGCUGGCACUUCGCCGAUCAGACAGACCUCUGCGCUUCCACAAGGCCAGCCACCAAACGGUCUCCCAGCGUAUCUGCAGGCCAGCAACCAGAAUGCGAUGCAGGCAGCUCAGUCCUCUCCUGCCUCUUCGCAUCAGCAGCCUGGCACCCCUCAGACUCAACAGCAGCAGCUCAACGCUGGCAACGGCCCCGUGCCUUCCACUCCCACGACCGCGACUAAGCCCAAGGCGCCGCGAAAGAAGUCUGAAAAGAAGACCACUGCCAAGUCGCAGCAAGCGCCGAACCAGACCCCGGUCAUGCAGGCCGCGAACGCCUCUGGGACCCAAAGCAUGCAGCCAUCUCCUAGCGCUUCGUCAAUAGCUGGCAUCCAGGGUGCUUCCCUCCCUGGCAGCGCUUUCGAACGCUCGCGGAGUCACACACGGUCGCCAAGUCUCUCAGUUGGGGGCCAAGGUACACCAGCGCAGAUGCACACCCUGCCCCCUGGGAUGCAAAGCAUGCCGCAGCAACAGCAGCAGCAGCCACAGCAGCAGCCACAGCAGAUGCCACCGCAGAUGCCACCGCAGAUGGUGAUGCCGGGACAGCAGGGACAGCCAGGUCAACCGGGUCAAGCACCGCAACAGCAGGUGGUCCCACCCAAUUGGAUGCCGAGUCUGAACCCGCAGCAGCAGUCCGCUGUCUUGCAAAGAGCGCUCGCCCUCGCCAAAGCGCAGGAAGGCUCCGGUCUCACCCCAGUGCACACGCUCAUGCAAAUGGGCUAUCUCUUCCUCAAAGCUUCAAGUUUGCCCGGCGGUUCUCACCCGUCGAUGAUGCCAAACGGCGGCAUGGUGCUUACCAUCAACGAAGCACGUGGAAUUGGUCUCAUUCCCCAACAAGGCGGGCAACCAGGCGGUCCCUCGGCUCCGAACGUGCCAGGUCAGCAACAGCAGCAGCAACCUCAGCGACAGCCUUCGUUAGGUGCCAUGCAGCCUCAGCCUCCCCAACAGCAACAGCAGCAAUCACAGCAGCAACCUGGGUUCGGCGCUCCGCCAUUGACGCCUCAGCAGCAGCAGCAACAGCAAAUGAUGCUCGCGAUGCAACAGCAGCAACAGCAGAUGCAGCAGCAACACCAAAUGCACCAACAGCAGGCCCCUCUCGUUGCACCUCAGCUCGGUCAUCCACACGGACAGCGUCCAAGCACACCAGCGGGUCAACACGCCUCUCCCUCGAGCAUGCGUGCGCCUUCGCCCAUGGGUCCGGUCGGAGCCACUUCCAGCCCAGGCAUGGCCAACAAGCCGCGACCACGCCAGCCAAGUCUCGCUUUGAGCGCAUCUGGUCGUCCAGACUCUCGCGGCGGACCUGUGCCGCCCGGAUUCCAGCAAGGGGGGCCGCAAGGUCUGAUGGCACCCCCUCCUGCUCCAGGGCAACUCCCUCCAGGGAUGCAGCCUGGUAUGGCGAUGCCGCCUGGCAUGGUACAAGGACCGGGUGGUCAACUGCCCCCAGGCUUUGGACCUCCCAGUGGAGCUCAAAUGGGCCCAGACGCGACGCCUCCCAUGCUGAAGCAGCAAGGGCGACGUCCCUCGAUGGCGCAAGAUCCAUCCCUUGCCGCUACGCCAGACCAUAGGAGACCUCCAAUCGCUGGCUCUGCUCCUCCCGGCAUGGAAGGUAUCGCAGCUUCGACGCCGGAUCCCAUGAUGAUGGCUGCAGCAAGUGCCGCGGCCGGGCAGCCGUCGGCGCAGGCGCAGCUCAUUGGCAGCUUUGGCGGUGUCGCACCCACCCUUAAGGGGCGCAAGGUUUCUCAAGUCGGCGCAGCAGGUCUUUCCGUUGCUCCAGCCGUGCCCGGUGUUGUGGCGCAGCCUGGCGUUCCGACGACGAGCGAAGCACCCGCUGCUCAAGACGCGGCAGCGGACGCCACUGUUGCCACUGGCAAGCCUACCACGCUGGCCGGCAGUACUCCCGCUUUCGCCCACACUGUGCCCUCAAACUUGGCCGACAUGCCAAUGCUGCUGGGUGGACCUGCGCCCAAAGAGUCGGCGGUUGGCACACCCAUUACGCAUUUCAAUACCCGUGUCACCAAGCUCGACGAUGCUAUGCGGCCUCAACAAGCAGCCGAUGCCAAAGACGACGGGCCCGACUCCGAGGCCAACAAGACGGACGAGCCAGUGUGGACGCCGCUCACCACGGAUCAAGAGACCGAGCUGGCUGGCAUCAUGAAGCGUGAUCUGGAAUACGAGAAGCUCUUCCGACAGCAGCAGCACGACAUGGAAAGGUCGCUCAAGGAUCGCAUCGACAGGGUCAGACCACCGCGCAGGAAGGCAACGGAUGGCAGCAUCACCAGGCCGAAACCGGUGGCAUGGUGGGAGCGUCCUGAAGAGGAAGACACCUCCGGUUUGGCGCGCGACGCGUUCCGACCCUUCGGCGUGCUCUUCCCCAACCAAAAACGAGCGGAGCUCGACCAGGGCCACCGCGGACACCGACCUCACAUUCCACUCAAGCGCUCGCUCAUGGAGAUGGUCUCGCAACAGGGCGAAGAUCUGGUCCCGAUCAGACUCGAGAUUGAUCACGAGCACUGGAGGCUACGGGACACGUUCACCUGGAACGCGCAAGACUCUCACAUCAACGUCGAAGCGUUUGCCGUGUCGAUUUGCGAGGACAUCGGACUGCCGGCGUCCGUGUUUGUUCCACAAAUCAAGGAACAGAUCAACACGCAGAUCCUUGAUCACCAGACCACCAGCGCCUUCAAGGCCAAGCCCACGUUCGAUUUCGGCCUCGACACGAAGGAAGGCAAGGGCUCGCUGGAGGAUGACGAUCUCCUUUGGUGGUCCAAGUGGCGAAGCAAGGUCGACUGCGUGCCCUUUGGUGUCAAGCCAUCUGCGGCUGCGACCGAAGCAGGAGCCGACGGCACUGACGCUGACGUCGCUAUGCACGUGGAGGACAACAGCAGCGAAGAGGACGAUGCGCGAUCGGAACCUCCCGAGAUCGUCGACACGACCCCGGCUGAAGAGCUGCGCAUGAUGAUCAAGCUCGACAUCACGGUGGGUGCGAUGAAUCUGGUCGAUCAAUUCGAGUGGGACGCCAACGAGACGGACCCUAUGGCCGCCGAGAAGUUUGCCGAGGCCUUUGCCACUGAUCUCGGCCUUGCUGGCGAGUUCAAGACGGCGAUUGCACACUCGAUCCGAGAGCAAGUGUCGGUACACGUCAAGUCGCUCGCAAUGACGGGUCACACCUUUGACGGCCGACCGAUUGCCGAUGAAGAGCUGCGUGCUGCUUUCCUCGGUCCCGUCAGCAAGUCCAACCUGUCGAGGGGCGAGAUCGAGUCGUAUCACUUUACGCCUCGCCUGCUCCAGCUCACCGAAGCCGAGAUCGAUCGUCUGGACCGCGAGCGCGAGCGCGAGGCACGCCGAAAGCGUCGUCAGACUCGUGGUCGUCGCGGCAUCAACCUGCCCGACCGCGAUCCCCAAAAGACGCAACGCACGCCAGCUGUAUUUGGCAUCCAGACGGCACAACCCGAUGCCGCCAAUGCGCUUCAGAACGCUAAUGGUCUCAGCGAUCGAUACGGUGGCAUGUCGACGCGCCGAGCAGCAGCUGCAGCCGCCAACGCAUCAAUCGCACCAUCGCAGGCUCAUGACCUGGACACGCCCACACCGGGUCCCGAGGGACUUGGUCUGCCUGAUCGCAAGAAGCCCAAGGUCAACCACCACGCCAUCCACUUCGACUUUCCCGGUGGUCUGGGUCGCGAUUCAGACCCUGGCGGACCCAAGUUUGCCCCUGAGUACACGGAGGAAGAAGCCAAGAAGCGUGCUCGUUCGCCCGAGAACCAGGCGACUGGCUCGCAGGCAGAGAAGCAAGCUCCCAAGCUGGUCUCGCUCUCAUACGCGCAGCGCAACAACGUGCGUCCCGAGGACUUGGAGCGACAACAUCCCAACUUCCACGAGGGCAUGUGGCACUGUUCGAAUUGCGGCAUUCCUGGCACACUGGCGCCAGGUCGACGAAAGGGACCUCUGGGCGACAAGUCGCUGUGUGGGCCAUGCGGCAAAUACUACCACCGUCACCGCAAGGUCAUCUUCUUGGAGUACACGCGCGAUCCGCUGGUCCACUUGAAGCAGCAGCAGACGCUGAACCGCAAGAUGGGCAUCUCGAACCCGGUCAUCGACACUGCGCUGCUCAACGCGCUGGGAGAACAGGAGGACUCGACGGAGCCCGCGAGCGCUGCCGACACGCCCAAGGCGGGCGGAGACGACUCGAUGGGCGUGGAUGGCAACGGGGUGCGACGAAGAGGCCGACCCCCGGCGUCGUCACGUGGGGUGAGCCGCGGUGAUGGCGGCGAUCAUUCCGACGAGGAUCUGCCGUUCGAGAUGGUAGGAAGCCCGGACGACAGCGACUCGUCUUCGAGAUCGAGCAGUCCCGAGCCAGGGCCGCGAUCUCGCAAGUCGGCGUCGCAGUCGGUUGUCAAUGAGGAGACCCCUCAGCCUGUACGACGAGCAGCAGCCGAGAGUGCGCGCGACAAGGUGACAGCCGCUUUUGCUUCGGCUGAAGCUGGCACGGAAGCGGGAGCGGCUGCGGCACCGCCGAUGGCGGCCAACGACGAAGCAGACGUCAAGAAGGAAGCGGACGUUGCGGGCGAAGCCAGCACUGACACCGUCGACACAUCUGCGUCUGCGCUCGGCAACGCUCCCUCUGCUGCUGCGGUAGUCAUGGCCGGCUCGCCGUCCGCUCAGUCGGCUGCUGCCGGUACACCGACCAUGUCGAACGCCUCGCCGCGCAUGGCAGCCAUCCCAGGCGCUACGCCUCCCGACUGGCUCAGCCAGUCAGGCGCCGCGCUGAAAGCUCGCUACCCGAACGACCGGUUCGAGAUUCAGCAACGACCCCGUCCCGCCGGCGUGCCACCCCCGCCCCAACCCGAGUGGCGAGUCCGCUGUCUCGACUGCCCAGGCAAGCUGUACACGCCCGGACCGGGAGAGAGUCUCAACAACUUUGAGAUUCAUCUGCGCAACCGUCUGCACCGAGCCAACGUCAACAAGCGGGUGUACGGCAACUCGGGUCCGCCCGCCACAGCAUCGCCCGGCGCAGGUGGUUCGCCACAUAAGAGCCCGAGCGUCCCACAUGCACCGGCACCCUGA